AGUCGUUCUUAUUCUAUUGCUUUCUUUUUUUCUCCGAUUUCCCCACGGAAAGGUGUUCUCUACAUACGCACACAUACAUACACAUCAUCUAGGUAACCUGUGGUCGUCUCUGUUUUCAGGGUUUGUAGCAGUUCUCACCCCUCUCCGAGUUAAAGUCGUCUCCCUUCUUUCUGUUUGUGUUGUUCAAACAGCUGUCCUUUUUAACCGUCCUUUUUUAAAAACCUGAUUGAAUGCGCAGACUGAACCCAUGUAUUUCUAUCGAUUCUGUUCGAGUCUAUAAACGCAUAUAUUCUCCGUUUUCCCUCUGCUUGCUAUUUCAUUGCACCGCGAUCUCGCCUCGCUUCUUGCUUAUUGUGUUGCUUCGAGCCACUUUUCGUGCUUUCUUUUUUCUUGCUGUUUCCGUGUAAGUGUAUCCGCGUGCUUUGCUGCUCUCUUCAAGUGUACUCCCUCCUCCUUCUUUUAGCUUGAGUUGUGCUCUGUUCACGCCCCUACUAUUUCUACAUCCUUUCCAAACCCGCGAAGAAGAACACCCUCUCCGCCACGUGUCGUACUACGGCAUGUCGGUUUUUAUUCAUAUGGGAGCGCAAGAGCUGCUGACAGAGGGCAGCACCGUAUCGACGGCGAAGCGGUCGUCCGCACACCCCACACCCUCCCCAUCCCACACGGUAGACACCGCACGAACUCCCGCUGUAAAGGCAGGGAAUGCAAAAGGACAAAAGAGCAGUGCGCCGGUUGCACGGCCCGCGACAUCGACCGCGGAGCCGACGCGGAAAGCCCCACCGCAGCCUUCCCACACGGAAGCCAGGCGGCCUCCACUUCCACCAGUCGCCGCCCAUCGCUCACCGUCUCCCUCGCCGUCCUCCUCAUCCUCCUCCAGCGACUCGGACGAGAACUUCGUGUACAUGCUGGACAGCGUCAAAACAGCAGAGGAGGCGAUGGAGCGCGUUCGUGCGGUGCAGCAGCCCAAAGAGCGUCCCCUCUCCACGUUCUUUAGCGGUCUGCCCGGCUCCACCAGUAAUCUAGCAGACUUGGUAGACGACUCUCCCAGCAAGGCGCCAGCCGCGCCGCGUGCGAUGAAAGGCGGACUUCCGGCUACGAUGGAGGAGUUCUACGAGUGUCCGCGGUACACCGUCUCCCUCACGGCAGCGCGUGACGCCGUCUUCUCCGAUGCCCUUUCCGGCUUUCACUCCUACGUGGAGCGCGAGAAGGCGCAGCGGGAGCGGUUGCGUGCGCUGCAGCGUCCCCACCCCCAUCCCCACCCACACCAGCACAGCCGCCCCUCACAACCGUCGCAGCAGCAGAACCCGCGUGCAGCCAAGUCUGACGCACGUGGUGGCCCACACAACACUUUGUUGUCCUUUUCGAGCGGUGCCACGGCGGAAUGGAAUGCAGCGCUGGCGGCCGCCGCCCCACCGCUAUCAUCAUCGUCCGAGAAGACAAACGCCGCUACGGCUUCGACAUCGACACCAGCGACAGCACCGAUACCUUCGGCCAUGGCGUCAUCUUUCCCCAUCCAUGGAGAUCCUCAAGUGCAGGAAGGCACUGCAGCCUCUGCCGGCUCCUCCAGCGAGGCGACGUCCACACCCGUCCCGUUGCUCGACACGGCGUCGCCAGCUGAUGCCCCGGUGACAGGCAGCAGCACCGCCACCGUCGCGACGAGCUCUGCAAAAGACGGCGAGGCCGGCCCGCAGCACCUUUCCGCCUCCUACAUGUUCAUUAUGCGGAGUCGCGAUACGGAGGCGCUGAGUCCGGUGUCCUCCCCACGCGUCAAGCCGCAGGGCGCUGAGUUUGGCAGGCUCCCGCUCAAUGAAGAUAAACCGUCGGCCAAGAAGAUGCCGGCCCUCGAGGACUCUGUCCCGUCGGCGGAGGUGCAGCAGGCGGAGCCAAAUGAUCUCGAGGCAGAAGCGCUGAAGCUACCAUUACCACUACCACCACCACCGCCGCUACCACUACAGGCAGCAACGAGUGCGCCGUCGAAGCCGACAUCGUCGGUCGCCACGACCUCUGCCGCAGAGGAGGCAGCAAAGCUAGAGGAGAUGCAGCUGCAGACGCUUCUGCAAGAGCGCAUUUAUCAGCGCGCCCGCGUUCCACUCGUCUUUCGGUGCCGCUACGCCCUCGAGUUUGCGGAGACAGCGGAGGAGCACCGGCAGCGGGUGCAGAUGCGCGACCACGUUCUCCACAACAACGAGCGCCUCGCCGGUCCGGGCGGACUGUCGCGUGAGAUGCGUCAGCGCAUCCGUGACCGGUACGUGGACCCGAACACGGUGGCCCCGGAGUGGCCGUACGUGUGGGAGCAGUUCGAGCGCGACCUCCCCCGCGAGACACUCUUCAUUGAGGACACGCCGCACCACGACGCCGAGGAUGCUCUGGCUGCCAUCGUGAGCUACGUCGAGUACUGCUACGACACGGCUCAGCAGAACAUUAAGGAGCGGUCGGAGAAGCUGCUGGCGGCUGCCAACAAGGAGAGCGGAGAAGCGGGUGAAGCAGCAGACGGGACGGCAGCCCGCGACGGUGCGGAGUUGUCGGGGUCACCGACGGCGCCGAAGUCGAAGGGGUUCUUUGAGUCCAUUUUGUCCGCCGGCUCCGCCGCCAUCAAGGGUGCUGUUGCGACGGUGCGGUCAAGUUUGCCAGACUUCGUCGGCGACCCUCUUCUGGCCGUCUCCGGACUCGAUCCCGCGCUGUAUCACGCCUCCCUCCUCUUCCCAACGGACCCGAGGGUGCGUAGUGAGAAGAUUUUUGCUGCCGUGCGCGAAGUCGUGCUGGCCUCGCAGCAGUCCUUCAUGGGCUUUCCGUAUCAGCUUCUCUGUGAGCAGAUCGGGACGGAGCGCCUCGGGCUGGCGCUGGAGGCGUUGGCGAUGGACCAAGAAAACGAUGACGAUGAGGACGACGUGGAGGAGAACAGCCCAGCCGAUGCGCCGCUGCACAGUUCGAACCGGCCGCCGCCGCAGCGGACCUCAGCGGAGGUCUCCGCUCCAAUUCCGAUUGGCGGCGCAGACGAGCCUGACGACGAGAGGAAAAAGAACGCCUCGAUCUCCUCGUGCCGGUCCUCCAUGCCGAGUUCGCGGGUGGUUCGAAUCUACCAAAGCUUCUCCUCGCCGACACUGCGGACGGACAACGAGGACGGUCGACGGCGUCGCGGGCACUUCCCGCACGGCAUCGAUGAAUGGAGCGUCUCGCCGUCCUCGUCGUCGUCGUCGCACGCCUCUGAUGUCGUCUGCUCCCCCUUUUCGCCGGAGACGGCGACGGGGGCAUCUGCUGCCAAGGGAAUACGUAAGGCGAAUACCGACCGCCGCGAGAGAGCGCACGACACAGCAGCAACGGGAGAAGCAGAAAACGAAGGGGAGAAGCCACGGCUGGAGGCCGCCCGACCCCCGCCACUGGAGCAUCUCGUCACGAACCACCUUGUGCCCAACACAGCUGCCUCCGCUCCGCCGCCCGCUGCGCCGGCCACCAAGCAGCAGCCGCCUGCGCCGCGCAAGGGCAAACUGGCGCAGCGCCGCCGUGAGCGCCGACGCCGCCGCCGCGGCCAGCUGCCCCUCCUCGUCGGUGAGCCGCGUCCGCACGAGUUCGCUAUGUUUCUCGACAUCGUCCGUGCGCGCGUCGCGGCGAAGGCGGCGAAGGAGGAGCGGAGGGAGCGGGCACGGCGGCGACGGGAGCAGGCGCAGCGGCUGGUGGAGCGCCAACAAGGGCAGCGGCACAGCGCACCGGGCUCUCGCGCUGCCUCACGCGGCACCUCGUCGGCAUCCCUUGAUGCGAUGACGAAGACACACGGAGAUGCUAGGGAUGCCGACGCUGCAGCGCCGUCCCCUGCACCCGCAAAGACAUGCGCCUUGUUCCGCGAAGACGUGGAGGGGUCUGCGUACCUGCUACCGACACAUCCCGCAGCAAUGAAGACGGCUGUUGCUGCGCAGAUGCCAAAGUCACCUCUCUCCAACUCGCUUGGGCGGCAGGUGAUGCCAGCUGAAACCCGCGGUAUGCGAAUUCGGCUCUUUUUUGACAAGCCGCGCAACGUCCCUGUGGUGGUGGUGAACAAGCUGUUCCGCCUGUUUACGGUUCCAGGGGUGCGAGGGCUAACCUCGUCCUCAGAGGAUGAGGCAGAGAAAGAGGGGAUGGCGCUGAGCACGCGCAGCAGCGCAGUGGACGGUCAAGGUACCACACAACGUAACGGCCGAAGGUGUAAGUACUCGGAAAAGAGUCUGUUGCUCUUGAUCCAAGUACAGUUCUCUCUCUUUACGAAGGACGAGACCGAGGUGCGGUGGAAGUGGUGGAAGGUGUAG